AUUUAGUCCUUGUACUUCUCCCAUCGUCAUCCUGGCCUUUCGUUCGCGCCAGCUUGACAGUCAUGGGCAAUGAACAGAACACGUUAUAUUCUUGCAAAUGUAUCAACGUUCAGCUUAAAUCUUCAGCGCCGCCGACGACUGGCGCGCAGUCUGACCUACCUCCAGCUUCUGCAUGGACCACUGUUUUUGUUCCACGAGAUGAGGACAUAAAGAUCAUCUAUCCUCAUUUGACGUUGCGCUCUCGACAUCGAGCACCGUACAUUCCGGAUCCUACGCGUUGUGCAAGAUAUACGACGGUCACUUGUUUGUCAUGCCAAACUCUUGUUUAUCGUAUCCACCAAACUGUCUUACUGGACGACGAAGUAAACAUCCGAGAAGGUCCGAUUAUCGCCAAAGGAUGGGUUUUUGAAGAGGUCCUGCGUAGUUCUUCUGGGUGGCUUGAAGUUUCCACUAAAGACGUACUAGUCGGUGAAACUGUCGUUAACCAGCAAAAAGCACUACCACAGUUUUCUGAAUUGUUUGGAAUAGUUCUUCCUUCAUCUACUUCUACUUCUUCACUCACCCCAGACUUUGAUUCUACUUUACAAUCUAUUUCACAAUCACAACUUGUGCCGAGAUACCAACUUCCGCCUAUACCAGCCAUAUUCCCCGAGCCUAAAUCAACUCGGUCACUGUUUACAGUCCUAGCCGCGGUUGCCACUCGUCAUUCAAAUGCUAUACGAACCGAGGCGGAAGAAUAUAUUGACCGCAUAGUGAAAGAGAAAGUUGAAGAGAUUAGACGGGCCGAAGCCCAACUGAAGCGAAACGUGCUUGCUCUUAUGACCGCGUACAGCGAUGGUAUCAAGAAAGCGGAACAAGAACAGAACGCACUGCAAGAAGGUUCAUCUCAAACUGAGGCAAAAAAAGAGAGAGUGCCAUCUCCACCGGCUAGUCCUAGUACCCCGGUUUUUACGGGGGCUCCAUCCUCCGUUAUACGCGAUUUUGUACCGAUGAGGAUUACUCCAUCGUCUACCACUGCUCCGGCAAUACCAUCCACUUCUUCUCCACGUGUUUCAAGACCUUCUCCCUUGAUUAACGGUUCCUUACCACGCAUCUCUGCUCUAUCUGCAUCCCUCGCCACUUCUUCCUUUCAUCAUCCAAGAGCCGGAAACGCCAUCGCUGACGGAGCAUCUAUACCACCUAUAAACCCGUCGCGCACCACGGCGGACGCGGAUUCGCUCCACUCCCUUCGCUCUGCGUCGUCUACGACGCUAACUGCACCACAAGAUUUUACCAAUGUCUUCCAGUACCCCAGAUUGAUCGAUGACCAGGUGAACACUGCCGCGAGUUUUAGGUAUUUCCAGCUGGAGGAUGAAAUGAUGAGGCGGAAACUUGAAGCGGAGAGGGACAAGAAAGCCAGAGAUGGCUUACCUGCGACGACUUCUGCUGGCCCUAGUAGAAUAUCGGCUCCAUCGGCUUCAUCCUCAAUAGUCAAUGGGGCAGUGUCAAAAAUGGAGCAGGGCCAUAGGAAUGACAAGGCUACGGCCGUCGAGCCGCAAGAGAAGUUGAAGGAAUCAGAACUCCAGGAUCAAUCGCAGGCUUCCCCAAAAUCUAAAGGCAAACGGAAAGUGACAUUCGACGUACAGCUCGAUCCCCCUUCCAAUCCCGUGGAAGAUGGGACGAAUAAUUUAUCCGAAGACAUGUUAUUUGAUUAUGAAGAGGAAACGAAUGGACAAGACACGACGUCUGUCGUUCUAUCCAUGUCUGAAUCUGUAAGUCAGCAGGGAGCUGUGUCUAGACGACACGAUAAAAACUCUAGCGGAGGUGGCUCUCCAGUGUCGUUUACUGGACCAAUUUCGGCUUCAUUGCCCGCGUCUUCGCAUAUUCCCCUUCCUAUCCCGUCGCGAAUUCCUCCUAGAACCAUCGCUGCCGCACAGAAUGGUUCAGACAAAGGCAAUCACGCAGAAGCAAACCACAACCAAACAGAUCCCGCCUCCGAUAUCGCAUUCGACUUUACUACCACUAAUUUUGAUGCGCCAAGUGCUGCCCGGGCGUUGAAACGUGACCGACAUACUCAAAUACUCAAUCUCCUGGCAGCAAGUCUGCCGAGUCAUCGUGCAGCAUGGGCAGGGAAGAACUACGAAGCAUUUGUUCGUGGUGCGUAUGCGAAGACUAAUGAAGACUAUGACGACGACGAAUUUGACGAUGGUGGCGAUGAUAUGAAAACCGAAGAGUUACAGCCCGAACUGUCACGCGCAGGCAUCCCUUCCUCUGUCCCUGUAACUAUCAACCGACCAUCCAAGGUACCACCGUUGAGUCUAGCGUCGUAUCAGCCCGCAGUGCUCACAGAGAACAUGGAUAACAAUCGUCCCUUACAAGCGGAUGUCAUGUAUAAAAAGCGUGCAUCAGCCGCAGCGCUACGCCGUGCAUCGUACGCGGAGCGAGAUAUUGAACGAGGUGUAGAUCCCGGGAUGUUUGAUUAUCUGCUGGCGGUGCAUCACGAAGAAGAUGAGGAAGAUGAGGAUCAGUUAGACGGCCAUCAGGAUUCCGAGCACGGAGAGAAUGGGGAAAGUGCAACGAAUAGGGCAAAUUCGGAAGAUGCGAACGGGAGUAGUAGAGGACCAACCGGAAAUCGGAAAGGGAGGGAUCGGGCACAUAAAAUUCUUGAGGCUCAGGCAAAAAGUGGGGUUCCGGACGAUGAGAUGUGGAGGAGUUUGAUCUAACAUUUGUUGACGGGGCUCAUAGUACAUAACUAAGUAUACCGUAAAUUUAAUUAGUAUCUUGUUGUGUUUGAUACUUGCUGUAAUUAUUGCUCUAAUACGUGAGUUCGAGCAGUUGGUGGUACUAGUUGUGGGGUGAUUGUAACCAAAG